AUGGAGGAUGAUGAGAAUAAUAUAUUCUCCGAUUCUCAAAACUUCAACCCUUCCCAAGACUUCAACCCUUCCCAAAAUGUUAACCCUUCUCAAGAUUAUUUCCCUAGCUUUGAUGAUUUUUCGAAUUCUGAGCAAUUUCAAAGUUCAUUUCAAAAUCAACAUUCAAGCCAAACCAUAUCACAAACCAAGAGUGUUGUAAACACCCCACAUGGUUGGAGUGAGCAAGAAGACAUGACAUUAAUGUCUGCUUGGUGUUUCGUGAGCACGAAUGCAGUUGUUGGCACCAACCAAACUAGUAACCAUCUAUGGCAAAAUGUUCUGUUUCUAUAUAAGCAGACAAGAAAAGAAAAUCCAGGAAUUGGUGAAGAAAGAAGUUUGGAGUCAUUGAAACAGCGCUACAAACUACUCAACGCAAAUGUCUCAAAAUGGGUGUUUGAGGAGGUGAUGAGACUCAAUCCCAAGUGGGAAUUGAAAUUGAAUAGCACUGGUUCAACGCGUUUCCGCCCAGAUGAAGAUAGUCUUGAAGAAAGUCGUGGGAGCUCAAAAAGAGAUCAAGCUAAGGAUAGGGCUAAAAGAAAAGGCGAAGAAGUUGCAACACCAUCAUAUACAAUUCCUAAUGAUUUCACUGCAUCACUGCGUGAAAUGAGAGUCACACGUGAAAGGGAAUGUGACAUUCAGGAACGGAAGAUCAAAGCAGCUAGUGAUAUUCAGGAACGGAACAUCAAGGCAGCUAUCCUUACUCCAUUGAUGGCUAGGAGGGACUUAACUCCAAAAGAAGAAGAUCUGAAACGCAAUCUCAUUGCAGAAUUGUUUGGGAAGUGA